ACUGCAGAAAAAAUCAGGAAAUAAAUGAAGACUGGUUUGAUGCUAAAGAGAACUUUACAGUGACUGAUUUUUCAGUAACACUUCUAGGGAAUGAAAAAGAACAAGAAAAGCUAGAGAAGGUCAUUAGUACAACAGAAAUAAAGAUGGUGAAGAAUACAAAAAGUGAGCCAAAUAAGCAUUAUUUUAUUCAUGUUGGUGGCUUAAGUCCUUCAGUAUCAGAGGUUGAUCUAAGGUCUCAUUUCCAGAAGUAUCAGGUUUUGGAGGUUUCAAUAUGUGAGUUUUCUAGUAACUACAGGUAUGCAUCUCUGAGUUUUAAAAAAGCUAGUAAAGCAAAAUUGGCUGUGGACGAAAUGAAUGGGAAAGAAAUAAAAGGAAAAGCAGUAAAUGUUCGUCUUGUAAAAACUGCAGGAGAAAAUAUACUUCCAGCUUUUCAAAAAGUUUCCAGACCACUUCACUAUGAAAACCAAGCCACUGAUAAUUUGGAAGAAAAUAUUCAAGUCAGAACUACCUGCUCUGUCCCGGACUCUUUGAAAGUGCCUUCCACCACCUCAACCUCUUUGAAAGUGCUUUCCCCUCCCUCAGUUUCUUCAGCAAUGCCUGCCCCUACCCUGGCCUUUUCAAAAGUGCUCAGCUCUGAUUUAAAACCACUUAGACAUGAAUCAGGACACCUUUUAUUCUCAGUUGAUCAACAGAGUACAAGAGAGAAUCCUCUGCAAAUAAAACCUGUUCAGUUCUCUCCUAAUCCAUCUGCUACCUUUAUACCUCCUAACACAUUGAACUUGAGCAGCUUUACCAAAUUGAUGAAGAAAUUAGAAGAACUGCAUCCCAAGGCUAGUAGAGAUAAUAUUGUGGAUGCUUUGCUGGAGGUCAGAACAAAUAAUAAAGGUUUCCUAAGUGGCUUGUCUAUUAAUGUUAUUGUGGAAAUGGCUUCCUCUGUUCUGAAGAAAUCUGCAUCCAAAUGUGAGGAAAAAGUAGCAUAAACAGCGUUGCUAGCAUGGAUGCAGAAAAGACCAAGAGAACCAGUGUGGAAAAGUGCUUGUUUUUUUUAAUAAUUUUUAGUUUUAUUUACAAAACAUUUGUAAUACUUGAAAGCCCUGAAAUGUGUUGUGUUCAAGCAGAUGAGCAUUCUCAAAAUACUAUUUUAUAAACUUUCCUUUGUAAUUUUUUGGUCCACUCGUGAAAAGGUAGUCACAACAAUCUGUAGCGAGAUUUUGACUUUCAUUGUGAGGGAGCUGGAUAAAAUGAAAGCAGCCUUCUGCCACUGAGGCUCUGAAGC